GCUAAAAGCCUCAAUUCUCCCACAUCGAUGGUAAUGCUGUCAUGUACGGAGUAUGAUCUUGGGUACAAAAUACUUAGCAUGGUCAGCUAGCUUGGGUCAUUUCUGACUCAGCACGGCAUCCAAGCCGGCUAGAAUUCAACGUCCAUCUCUCCCUCUCUCCAUCCCCAAGCCAAAUGACAUCUCCUCUAGAGGUCGGAAGGAGCAUUACCAAACAAAUGAAAAGCCAGAGAUCGAUCUGCAGAUUGCUGCAUGGAUUCAUGUUCGGUAGAGUUCUUGGCCUGACACCAGUCAUCAACGCCCUUUCUAUACAAAAAUGUCUCGCUUCUACCCCCUGGAUUUUUCUGACAGCCGUCAGUUCAGCAUGGGGGACGAUUGACAGCACCCCUAACCUCUGAGGCUCAAAAUGGUGUUCAGUCAUAAGGUAGGUCUGUCUGUCUGUCUGCUCUACACGUUCGAAGUCUCUCGUUCUGUCGCAUGCGUCGUUGGGGUAGUACUUGCACGUGGCGAGAAUGAAGAAGAAUCACAUCUCAUCUCUAGACGGCCUCCGGGGUAUUGCUUGCUUGCUCGUGUUCAAUUUUCACUGGGCGUUCGACAAUGGCUACGGCAACCGCACAGAAGGAAUGGCAUCCACGGUCAAUCUGUGGUGGGAACUACCUUGGGUGACCUGGAUGUAUGCUGGAAAGUCCAUGGUCUACGUCUUCUUUGUCAUCUCAGGUUAUGUACUUUCGUACAAGCCCUUGACUCAGAUACACCAGAACCGCGGCACGGUAGCUACAGCAUGCUACUCGACGCUCGCCUCGUCGGCAUUUCGACGUGGCAUUCGACUCUUCCUCCCUACCAUGGUCGACACCAUCUUCACUGCCCUCCUAAUACGAACCCCGAUCUUCGGCCUGUCGAUUCAGACAUAUUUGGACACCAAAAUCAAAAGAUAUUAUUUGGACAUUUGGAUGGGACCAAAGAGACCGGAAGAUUCGUUCUGGAAGGAGCUGCGUGCCGCAUUGACGACAUGCUGGGGAUAUGUGGACAGCUCGAUGAUACCGUGGACGGAACGAGAUAUUGACGUUCGGAAAUACGACGACGUUCACUGGACGAUCCCAAUCGAGUUCAAAUGCAGCAUGUUGCUGUUCAUACUCUUGCUCAGCACCGCACACAUCCGCACCCGAGCUCGGCUGGUCAUUCACUGCUUGGCGUGCCUGUACACGUUCUCAAACAAUCGCAUUGCCCUGUUCUGCUUCUUUGCCGGCAUGGUCCUUGCGGAGGUUGACAUUAUCGCCAGGGUGUCUGGCGACACGGAGCACUCACCGUCGACUGACCAUCUCCUCGGAGCGAUGGACCUGGAGUCUUCUGCGGGUCACGAGGACAUGGAGCUCGAGAAGGAGCUCAUGCGAAGGACAACUGCCGGCCGGUCUCGCGGGCGGCAGAGUUCCCGAUGCUUCUUCCUUCGCUCGAAACCGGCCACGACGACAGCCUGGCUAGCCAUUUUCAUUUUCGGCAUCUACCUCAACGUGGCAUCGCUGAAACCUGACGCCCAACCUUCAGCAGGCUACUCGGUCGUGGUCAGCAAGAUCGUGGCGUCCCUGUGUGGCAACAGCGACCCCGUCGAGGCGACAAGGUGCCUCGGGGCCAUCUUGGUCACUUGGUCGGUGGCCAACACCGCCGACACCUUCAUCGGCUCAAUCUUCUCCAAUCGACUGGCCCAGUGGCUUGGCCGGAUCUCGUUCGGAAUCUACCUCACUCACCUGGACGUGAUUCGUAUCCUGGGCCUGAGUUUGAUCCCGUUUAUUUAUCGGUUUUGCGCGGGAGUGGACGCGCUUCCGAACCCGUACAUGUGGCACGAGGGAGGGGGGCUGUCAGAGUGGCAGAUUUUCAAGAUUGUGAUUUUGGGGUGGUUGGCCUGUUUACCUUUCGUCCUGAUAUGUGGCCAUUUGUUCUGGUACCAUGUUGACCAAAGAGCGGUUAGCUUUUCGAGGUACGUCGAGGGCAAAUUGAAAAUACCCAAAGCCACGAGGACAGGCUGAUCUGGCGUGAUCUUGCUGGGGGCUCUUGGUAAUCUUUUCGCUUCUCUUUUUUCUCUUCUAAAUACAUAGUACGUUCAAAAGAAAAAAUUCUACUAUCCCUG